AUGUGCACAUUGCUAAAAUUUCUUCAACUUGCUGCGUUGCUGGCAGCGCUGGCAUGGAGUGGCGCUACCGCGGCGGACGAUACCGACGAUUCCAACAUGAUCGUCGGGGGUUCUAAGGUGCACAUCGAAGACGUUCCGUACCAAGCAGCGCUGUUUCAUCGGGAUCGCUUAACGUGCGGUGGAACCGUCAUAGGACCACGUUGGAUUCUUACGUCGUAUCACUGCGUGCAGGAUCUCGAACCAACCAGCUACAGCAUCGUCGUCGGUACGGACAAUCCACUGGAGGGCGUAAAGAUACCAGUCAAAGAGAUCUUUGUGCCUGCCGAGCUAUUCGAAGGAGCUCUCUACGAUGUGGCGUUGUUGCAGUUGCCCGACACCUUAAUAUUCGACGAGCAGGUGCAGUGUCUUAAGCUGUUGCACACGACGGAUGCGCUUGUCCCGGGCAAACCGGCCACCAUAUCGGGAUUUGGUACGUCACAUGAAAAUGGGUUCGAUUUCCCGUUGAAAGCGGCCACGAUCGAGUUGUUGCCGGCGAGCUUAUGCGUGCAAGCUUAUCCCGACCUGAUGGAGCCACAGAUGAUUUGUGCCGGGUUUAGGGAAGGUAAGGUGGAUAGUUGCCAGGGUGAUUCGGGUGGUCCGCUCGUGGUGGAUGGAAAGCUUGCCGGUAUUGUUUUCUUCGGACGAGGUUGCGGUAGGCCACACAAUCCCGGUGUUUAUAUGGCCGUACCGUUUUUCUACGAUUGGAUCAUGAGUAUUCCGCGCAGUCAGAUAGAAGAGGAUGAUAGGAAAGUUUGUGGAGAGUUUACACACAAUUAUCCUUAG